UGGGAAAAAAAAUUCGAGAGAAGUUGAGUUCGUACCUGAGCGUUAACUAGUGAAAACAAAAGCACUAAAUUGUGUAAUCAUUCAGGCAAUUUAUUUAUUAACGUCUAUCUUCAGUGCAAAGAAAGUGUUUUGCUGAGGUUAUUAGUGCUGACGCUCCGAUACACGGACAGACAGGUGCUUCAGAAACAUGCCCAGCUGGGUUUGCUGUAACUCGUGUUUCCUGCCACCCGCUGCUGACCUGAAAUUGGCCAUUUCCACCUGCGGCCAUACUGUGUGCAGCACUUGCUUUCAGAAAGGCAAAAAAGGAGAGUGCCUGAUUUGUAAAGCACAGUGUCAGGUUACUCCGCUGUCACACAAAAGUAGCUCAGAAGUAAAGGCCCUCUUCUCAGACAUCAGUGUUGUAGCAACAAAUUACUUCUCUGAAAUAAGCAAGGUGCUACAAUUUCAGACAAGACACAGAAAAAGGCUCUUAGCGCAUUACCAGAAGAGGAUUGCUAAGCUAGAGGAGCACAUGUGUAUGAUUAAGAAAGAGAUGCAAGAAAUGAACAAAAAAAUGGCUGAACAGAAGGCAUAUAUUGCAAAGUUAGAAAAUGCACUCAAACAUCAAAGUGCAAAGGCAGCUGCACAGCUUCAGCAGACAUCUCAGCCAGCAUUAAAGAAAACUUCCACAGUGCUGCAGUUGCCCUAUGCACCGCUGACCUCUCAGUCCCGACCGGCGCCCUCGCCCUGCUCUGCCUCCGCAGAGUCCAGCAAAAAUGGGCAAGGCUGGAUUGUACGUAUACCGUGCGCUCAGCCAAUGGAGGUGGAUGGCCAGGACUCAUUCAGGAAGCCAGAGACGGCGGGCCAGUUCUCCAGGCUGUCCCUGAUCGGGCCUGCUUCCUAUGACAUGCAGGAUUCAGAUGAACUUUCCAGCUGGGCGAUAGCAACAGCUGAUGGAGCGAAGCAUCUCCUGCUGGCGUGUUUGACAGGUACCAUCCACUGCAGGUCCUCCAGUCAGAGCUCGCUGAGGAUUGGUCAACAUUCAGAACGAUCCACCACUGACAGGACAAGCAACACUUAUGAGCUCUCCGGCAGCACGCGUGGUGACCUGACGGGUCAAUCACAGGCGCUGUUCUAUCGCAGAGGGUCGGCCCUGGAGCUGCCUGCGUUCAAAGCCCCGCCUCUCUUGCACCAUUCGUCCAUGUCAUCCCUGGAGCCCCACCCAUUCAGCCUGGCAAGAAUGCUGCCCAAGUGACAGCAGAUGAGAGAAUCAGGCCCAGCAUGCAUGCAAGGCCAUAGGAUCCCAAGACAAGCAACCAGCAAAGGACUUUACAGGACAUGACACAACGUGUGUAGAACCUGGAACUUUGUGUUGGGUUUUAAAUGUUUACUUGUAGCUUGCUUGGUGCUUGUGUAUCCCAUUUGGUUGCAGAUGAGUGGACCAGUAGCGCCUGUACUAAACAGCGAUUAAAAUGGAAUGCAUUUAGCUAAAUAGCAAAGUGAAUUGUUUCAACAAAGAGACGACUAGUGUUUUUGUGUACUGAGAAACCUGAGUGUGAGUUUGAGUUAUGAAUACACUCGUUCAGCUGCAUUUCAUACUGUACAUUACGAAAUGUCAUUUGUAAGUGAUAAAAAAUGUUACAUAAAA